GAACGCAGUCUCUUCCAAACAUUCCCGCCGCCGUCGUGACGUUCUACUCGCCGGCACAGAAACACCGUUCAUCCAUGAGUUAUACCACGGCAGCUUUAGCCCUUACACUCACCUUAGUAUCUGUGUCCGCCACAGUCUCGCUGUAUAGAUGGAGGAGACGAGGAGAAGAUCUGGAGCAUAGGAUUAAUGAACUUAAGAAGUCUUUGGGAUCUGUCAGUGAGAAAAGUGCUUCUGAGAGAAGAGGUCGAGUCAAGGCUCAACAGGCAUUACGGGAGGCUUUAGCACAGUCUGAGUCACAUAACUCACACAACACUAUAUAUCCAAUGCGACCUAUUGGCACUAUACAGUCUUGCUUUUCCACAAGGAACGGGACACCGAGGCAGCCGUUGCUUGUUUCUCUUGCUAGAGCUUGUUUGAACUUUGAUCCGGCAUUGGUUCCUCCUGCAUCUCUCGAGGGUCUCGGGGAGUAUUCUCACUGCUGGAUACUUUACGUUUUUCAUCUCAACACUGAUAUUGAGAAGCUUUGGAGAAAGCCAUCUCAGUCUAAGCUCAAGGCUAAGGUGAGAGUGCCAAGGCUAAAUGGUGAAAGAAAGGGAGUCUUUGCUACUCGGUCUCCUCAUCGACCUUGUCCCAUUGGGCUCACCGUUGCUAAGGUAGAAGAAAUCCAAAAGGAUAAGGUUCUGCUCUCUGGUGUUGAUCUGGUGGAUGGGACUCCUGUUCUUGACAUCAAGCCUUAUUUGCCAUACUCAGACAGCAUUCAAGGAGCUUCAGUUCCAAACUGGGUACAGGAGGACUGCUUAUUGGCUGUGGCUUCUGUGAGUUUUUCAGACGUCUUCUCUUCAUCCAUCACCAGCUGCUGGAAACUGAUUGAAAAGAAGUCUCUGUAUGGUUCAGCUGACGAGUUCAAGAGCUUGAUCACGCAGGUCCUGUCAUGGGACAUACGAUCAAUGUCGCAACGGAACAAGCCGCAAGACACAUCAGAUGCAGACAGCACCGUGUAUCACUUGAUUCUGGAAGGACUAAACGUGUCUUACAUGAUAGAUAAUGAAAGUAACAUCCUCGUCCAAGAUGUUUCUCUUCCAAACAACCUGGAAGAUGUUGCAGAAACCUAAUCUUCGUUCAAUGAAAUUAAUGUUUUAUUUACAAAAUCUCUGGAAUUAAUGUUUCAUAUGACAAUACUAAUCAGUGAUUCAUAUACAUGAAAACUUUUGUUGAAGAUGUAAA